UUUUCAUCCUUUUUUUCGUCGUCGCGGUUUGGCUUCCUCUGCAGGUGUAAGAUUGCACGAGUGGCUUCUUCGGCUCCUUCGUUGUUGUUCGAAUUCGCUCCUUUGACGACGUUCCCUUUUCCCUUCGGAUCGGAAGUUACGUCAUUUUGAUCGGAAAUAAGGACGGGAGCUCGCUGUGAGGAAAAUCCAACCCAGAUUGAGAGGGCGUUGGGAAUUUGGAUGGAUGCAAAAAAUGCAAACUUGGAGGAGAGGCUGAAGUCUCUUCUUGUGCAGCUAAGUUCUGAAUCUGGAAUCAUUGAGAGAAUCGUUCAUAAGAGCAAAAACCAACAUAGGGGAUCUCUUUACUUCCAAGCCCUGCUCAAGGUGAGGAGGGAUUUAAGGCUUCUGAAGUCAGCAGGGCUUGUCCAGAUCUUGAAUGCCCUUUUCCCUAUCAUUAGAGGGAAAAGUCCGGCUGAAAAUGCUCAUCAUUCAAAACUUAAUAAUAAAAGUUACUUCGUUGGAAAGCACACCUACCACAAUCGGCUCUUGGGUGUUGCACGUUUAUUAUCACAGAUGGUUGAGCCUAUUCUGAAAGCAGCGAUUCAGAUAUCUCUCUUGCUUGCUAAGUCAUUCUUCAUGGGAUUUUCACUCACAAUACUGGCCUGCCUUGGACGUCUUCGAGUUCUUGUUCAACAGAUAUUAAUAGACGUUGUUUCUGUAUUCAAUAUGGUUUCAACUCACUCUCAAAAGCACUCCCUGAAACUCUCUAGCGAAGGAAUUGAGGCUUUUGUGGAUUAUUAUUCUUCAAGUGGUGAUAUUCUGACACUUGAAUGCAUCUGGGAAGAUGACAAAUAUGUGUUGCAUGAAAGCACACAAUGUGACAACAACAAGAUCCCAGAUCAGGGAGCUUUUCCUUUGGAAACUCAGUAUCAAACUUUACAACUUUUGGGUGAAGAACUGUGCCAUGUUUCAGAUUCAUGUAAUGAGCAAGAAGAAAAAUCACUCAACUCGCAACCUCAUACCAAUUCAUCCUUGGAUGAAUCAACACACACUGGAAGAAGCAUAGAGAGUAUAGAUUUCAAAAUGUCUCCUGUCACAGAGCCUGCUUGUGAACCAAGUCCUGGCAAAGAAUUGCUUACAAAUUUGAUGAGAACUCAAAGUAAAUCAAGGAAGACAGUAGCGUUUGUUUCUGUUCAAGUUUCUAAAACUUCUGAAAUGGAGUCAAGCGAACCAGAGAAGAAGAAGAUGAGAUUGGAUUUGGCUUCUGUGGGAAAUGCUGAUGCUUCUACUGCUGCUGGUUCUCCAUUUCCAGGUUUUUCUCUUUAGCGAAGCCCAUAAUAGAUCUUUAUUCUGAUAUAAAGUUGAUUAGCUAUAUACCAUUCUAUUCUAUAAGUUUAUAGCCAUUUGAGCUCCAAUUUAUAAAUAAUAUAGGUAUCCAUGGACUUGAUGUGACAUGUAGAUUUGUAACAUUGUCAUCACAUUAAAACUUAUUCGGCCAAAAUUGCUUUGAGGUGAGUACAUUAUACCAAA